AUGAGCAGCCAGAGUGUCCUCUACCCGCCGAACGCCAGCCACCUGACCAGCGAAGUCAUUCGCAACGUGACGGAGCGCAGCACGCCCAUCAGCACCACGAUCUCAAGCCCUCAGUAUGUCCGGCUGACCGACUCCCACGCGCCAGUCAGGUCCACGCCCCAAGCAGUGGCGCUCGCGGGAGCCCCCUCAGCUCCUGGGGGGGUUCUCCCUGCUGUGGGUUGCACCACAACGAUGGCCGGCCUUCCUACCACAUCCACACGCCCGCAGGCCGCAUCGGCGCAAGCAAAGGAAGAGGAUGCCGCGACGAUCGAAGCUCGACGACAACGCCACCGGGUGCACCAAGAGCGGUACCGGAGGAAGCUGCGCCUCAACCUCCAAGAACACCAACAGUGCAUCCAAGAUCUCCACGAUGAGAUUCAGCGGCUAGUGCUGCAGAGGCAGAUCACGGCGCUCUACGCUUCCAUGAGCUUGACCGUGUGGAGCCAGGGCCGCCGAAAAUAG